GCGGGCGGAAUGAGUGCGAGAGCGCCGUUCAGUGUUUAGCCUUUCGAGCAUUAGCAACAAGCAGCAAACUAGAAUCAUCUUUCAGAAUGCCGUCGAUGCGUUUAGGCGAUACCAUCCCCAACUUCAAGGCCAACUCCACGAAGGGCCCCAUCCAAUUCUACGACUUCCAAGGCGAUUCAUGGGUCGUGCUGUUCUCGCAUCCUGCUGAUUUCACCCCAGUCUGCACGACAGAGUUGGGUCGUAUUGCAGUGCACCAGCCGAUGUUCGCCAAGAGGAAUGUUAAGCUCCUGGCGCAUUCUUGCGACAAGCUGCAGAGCCACGUCGAUUGGGUGAACGACAUCAAGUCUUACUGCUUGGACAUUCCCGGGGAAUUCCCUUACCCCAUCAUCUCCGACGAGACCAGAGAACUCGCCGUGAGGUUGGACAUGAUCGACGAGACGAACAGGGACAGCGAAGAUCACGCCAUGACCGUGAGGGCUCUCUACAUCAUCGACCCCAAGCACAAGUUGCGUCUCUCCAUGCAUUAUCCAGCUUCGACCGGUCGCAACGUCGACGAGAUUCUUCGUGUCAUCGAUUCGCUGCAGCUGGUGGACAGGAUGCCUCAUAUCGCCACUCCAGCCAACUGGGUCCCCGGAGAGAAAGUGAUGGUCGUGCCGAGCGUUAAGGACGAAGACAUCGAGAAACUUUUCCCAGGCGGAGUCGACAAAGUCUGCAUGCCUUCCGGCGUUUCCUACGUGCGCACCACCACCAACUACAACUGAUCACGUUCCCAAAAACAUUCUUUAUGUUUUUAUCAAUAACCGCUUUCUUCUUAUAUUAGGAAUAAAAUCCAUGUAUAUAAACAAAUAAAUUAAAGUUAAACACAAAAA